AAUGCUGGGAUUGUCUCUCCCCCCUCUCAGCCUGAAGGAGAAUUUCGGAUGCAAGGCUGAACAUUCCCAGAAGGAUGUAGCUGCAUACCAAGUGAUCAGGGAGGAAGUGAGGAAAUUGGGGAGAAUGACGUUUGCAGAGAUUGCUGUCCUGAUCCUCUUCAUCUUGUUAGUCAUCCUGUGGUUCACCAGAGAUCCUGGCUUCAUACCCGGAUGGGCAACUGUGCUCUUUAACAAAGACGGAGACGAGUUCAUCUCCGUGCUGAUGUUUAUCGUUCCAUCUGACAAGCCACGACUCCCAUGUUUUCACAACGGCAACAGUGACGGUGCAGGUAAUGGAUGCAAGUACGGUCCUGCUCCGGCGAUACUGAACUGGAAAACUGUCCAAGACAACCUAGCCUGGAAUGUCGUCAUUCUAUUGGGAGGGGGCUUUGCACUGGCUGAAGGCAGUGAGAAAUCAGGCCUUUCCCAGUGGCUUGGAGACCAGCUGACCCCUCUGGAAGCCAUCCCAUCCUGGGCCAUUGUUAUCAUCCUCUGUCUGCUGAUCGCUACAUUCACGGAAUGUGCCAGCAACGUUGCUACGACAUCACUGUUCCUCCCGAUCCUGGCUGCGAUGGCACAACGAAUCAAACUACACCCCCUCUACGUCAUGCUCCCCUCCACCCUCUGUGCUUCAUUCGCUUUCAUGCUCCCAGUGGCAACUCCUCCAAACUCCAUUGUUUUCUCCUAUGGCUACCUGAAGGUGGCUGACAUGGCAAAGACUGGAAUCGUCGUGAAUUUCAUUGGAGUACUGGUUAUCACACUGGCUGUGAACACUUGGGGUCAGGUUUUGUUUGACCUGGGGACCUUUCCUGAUUGGGCAAAUACUACAGCCCUGCCAUGAACUGAAUGAGGAAAUUCACACAGGCCUCAAAAUGACACCGAACCAUUGGCUGCUGCACAGGAUCUCCCCGGAACUUGUUAAUUGUAUUUUAAUUACUGAAAUAGAGCCUCCCAGGUGCCUCACUGGACUGUAGAUUUUGAUGUGAUGUGAGUAAAUUUGAAGUGUACAUUCAGAGCUUUGUCAGGUAGGAACAGGACCCGCUGCUUGACAGUGUGUCGCUGUGAUAUUCAAGUUAAUUCUCCAAGCUCCCCCCUCUGAUCCAGAAUCUGCUGCAGGAAAAGCAGAGUAUCUGCUGACAGAUGAAGAUCUGGAAUUGAAAUCAGAAAUCAUCUCCAGCCCUGAGGACACUCAGCUGCCUGUGCUGCGAUAAUCCAGCUUUACAUUCCUUUUUAUAUCCAGCCUGUUUCUUUGAGUCUGGCUUGGGAUUUGGGCACGUGUCUGUGUGACUGUGAAUGCUAAUUCAUUGAUUAAGACUGCCAAGGUGGGAUUUGAACCCCUGUCCCCAAGGCUUUACCUGGAUUAAUAAUCCAGGACAUUCCCAA